ACAGAAACUGACAGCUGACAAAUAGCAAAAUGAGUUGCGGCACGAAGACAUUGAAGGUGUCGUCCUUCGUUUUUGACUUUUUGUGCUCCGUUCUGGCGGCACUGACCAUCGCAGCGUGUUCCUAUGCUUUGAUCACCUUCAGCCACAGCAUGGCCAUCCGGGUGCCCUGCAUCCUGGGAAUCGUCCUGGGAGCCCUGCUCUUCUUCAGCACCAUUUUCGGGUGCAUUGCCGCCCUGAGGGAGAGCAUCCGCAUGACCUGGAUUUAUGCUGCCAUCAUGUUGGCCCUGAUAGUCGGACAGAUUACCGUGAUUUUCGCGCAGCCCAUUAACUUCGAACUGCUGGCCAACGAGACGAUAUACGACGCCUGGCAAGGACAGCUCUACCGAAAGAGCAGCAUGUCCUACUACGAGAUCCAGUACCACUGCUGCGGCCAGACGGGGCCCUCAAACUACAUAGAUAGUGGGCUGAAAAUUCCGCAAAGCUGCUACCUUGGCCAGAAUUCGACGGAGGCAGUGGAUCUCUAUACAGUUGGAUGUGACCAGAAACUGGCGAAAGCCUUCGUCAAGGGAACUCGCUGGGAGCGCAUCAGCGAUUGGUCCGUUGUGGGUGUGGAGCUGCUUACAGUUAUUAUUGCCGGCCUUCUGGCUAUAACCUUACAGAACGCGGAACGCCGUCGUCUUUACAGAUAGAAGGGUAAACUUCCAACAGUUUUUAAAGCUGCACGAAUGUAUAUAUGUAGUUAAAAUAUUACCAAAUCUGUAAACUCAAUAAAUUAAAUGAAUUAAAAAAUAA